AUGAAUGGUCAUAUCGAUUUUAUUCAUUUUCUAGGAAACCUUAGAGCUUUGAAUUAUGACCUUGAUGAAAUGGAUUGGAUCACUGUUAAAUUAAAGGCUGGAAGAAUAGUUCCAGCAUUAGCUACUACAACAGCUGUAGUAGUUUCAGGAUUGUAGACUAUAGAAUUAGUUAAAGUCUUAAAAAAAUGUAAAUUAGAAAAUAUGAAGAAGGGCUUCAUUAAUUUAGGCGUUCCAAUUGUUUAGUUAAAUGAUCAAAUAAAAGCAGAAACAAUCAAAUUAAAUGAAGAUGCCAAUGUUACUCUAUGGGAUAGAUGGGAAGUCAAACUAGGAAAAGAUUUCACUUUAGAGAGUUUAUUCUAUAACUUAAAAUAAACUUAUCAUUUAGAACCAUCUAAUGUUUUCAAAUAAUCUUCAGUUAUUUAUAUGCAUGAUCUUCACAAAGGAUAGACUCUAUUUACUUAACCCAUAAUUGAAUUGUUAGAUGUAAAGGUAAUGCAUUUUAAUAUUUCUUUAGACUGACUAUGUUGAUUUAGUAAUUAAUUUUAUAAAAGAUAAAUAAAUCUUAAAGAAUGUACCUGAAGUUAGAGUCUACUUUAACCAAUGAUGUUUAUUAUUAUUGAUUUCCUUUUUAGUUAAGAAAAGGCCUACCAAAAUUUAUUUAUGAUGUUACUAUGAAGGUUAUUGGAAGAAUAAUAAAUAAAAUGGAAAAGAAAGAUUAAUCCAUGGGGAAGGAGAUGUUUAUGAGAGAGAUUGGAAAGAUGAUAAAGCCCAUGUUUAUGGAAAUAUAUAUUUAUCAUUUAAUUAGGGCAAAUUAACUACUUUAAAUGGUGGAUAUUAUAUAGGUGAAUGGGUCGAGGAUAAAUAAAAUGGAUAAGGAAAAGAACAUUGGCCAGAUGGAGCAAAUUUUGAAGGAAAUUAUGUUGAUGGUGUCAAAUUUGGUUAAGGAGUAUAUGCAGUUGCAAAUGAUUCUUAAUAUAUUUGAAAAUUUGCUGAUAAUUCUUUUUGUGGUUGUGGAAUAUCUAAAUGCUCUGAUGAAACUAAAUAUAUAGAAUAUUCGAAAUUAAAUAAAAUGA